AUGCUGAGUUAUGCGCAAAGCAACGUCGCGAAGGGCAAAGUGCCUUCCGACAAAGCCGUUGACACAGCAUCACUACAGCAGGCCUUUACCAUCGGAGGUGGGGCCAGUGGACACACCGGCUUCAGCAUGAAGGGGCUAUCACCCUUUGAUAGCCUCUUGCAACGGCUGGACACAGCAGGAGCUGAUUUGCCGUCCGAGGACCGUAAGGAUCUCCAGCAGCAGAUCACUUCUUUUCUGCCGAAGCUGGAGCCCGGGAAGGCAGCCGACCUGGUUGGCAAGCUACAAGCUGCUGAUGGCCUUCGCAGUGCGGCGUUUCUGGACGAAGUCUGCAAACUUUUACCAGCCUCGCGCUUCACCAGUCCACAUCUGACACGGAUUUUGGCUGUGCUGGCCAACUGGGCUGCAGCCGUGAGCGGCAGCGAUGCCGACGGAAAGCCAAAGCUCUCCGAGGACGCCAGAUCCUUUUUUACGACUUCUGCAGCAGAGCUCUCUUUAAGGCUGAUGGAUGUGGCGCCGCGGGAUCUCAGCCAGAUCGCCAAUGCAAUGGCCACCAUCGGCCAGACAGAGGAACGCUUUUUUGCGUCGCUGGCACGUGCCUCUGUGGCGCGCUGCGAGCGCUUUGCAGCAGAGGAGAUCCUGUUGCUUUGCUUGGCCUUCGACAAGGCCAACCUUGUGCAUGUACCACUCCUUGAAGCUGCUGCGAAGCUUCUGAGACAUCAAGUUUCCCAGGUCAGUGGGGAGGACUUGUCGAAGGGUCUGAAGAGCUUGGCGACCUGCUGUGUUCGCGACCUGGAACUUGGGAGGUCCGUGGGUGAGCACUUGGCCCAGGGCCCCAAGGGCCGCUUAUCGCCCGAAGAAUUCUGCUCCUUGGCUUGGACGUUCGUGACUCUGGGCUUCUACCAUGACCAGAUGUUCCGAGCCGUCUUCAAGGCCCUUGAGGAUGCACCCAGCAUGCCCGGAGAUACUUUGUGCCAGCUCUAUGAGAUUCACUUGGCCUUGAAGGCCUUUCGGGAGGAUCUCUACGGGAAGUAUGAGCUGGAGGAGUCUUUGGCCUUUGCAGUAGGAGAGGCCAUCGCCUUCCUGGCAGCAGCCUCGGCACGGGAGGCGCAGCUGGAUGCCACCGACCAGGUCUUCCUGAAACGACUGCAGGCAUGCCAUGGAGAUUGCGAUUCGCUUCGGGCCGAGUACGAGAAGUCGCGGAGAUCUUUGCAAAGCCUCGAAGAAGAGACGCUGAAGAGAGCCACUAAGGCCUUGGCGCCGAGCCAGAGGGCGCCCGGCGCAAGAGUUCCUGGGCCUCUUCAUUCACAUGUCUCCAAAAGAUCGAAGGCCUCGACGGAGUCCAACUUACACAAGUUCGUCCUCGUGGCCUCCGUCGUAGGACUCGUGAUCGCUGCCUUCUUCUCGCCACGGUGGCUACAACAAGCCAAUAGGCUACUGAAGUUGAGUUCGCCCUCCGAAAGAACUCCGAUCUUAAGCGCGGUGUGA